AGCGGCAGCGGCGGCGGCGGGAGCCGGAGCGGGAGCGGGAGCGGGAGCGGGAGCGGAGCCGGAGCGGAGCCGGAGCGGAGACGCCGGCCGCCCGCCCGCCAGCCCGCCAGCCCGCCAGCCCGAGCGAGCGAGCCAGCGAGCGGCCCGGGGCGCGGAGGGGCCCGCGGGGCGCCGCGCCCUGGCCGCCAUGUGCUCGCAGCUCUGGUUCCUGACGGACCGGCGCAUCCGCGAGGACUACCCGCAGGUGCAGAUCCUGCGCGCGCUGCGCCAGCGCUGCUCCGAGCAGGACGUGCGCUUCCGGGCGGUGCUCAUGGACCAGAUCGCCGUCACGGUCGUCGGCGGCCACCUCGGCCUUCAGCUGAACCAGAAGGCGCUCACCACUUUCCCAGAUGUGGUGCUCGUGCGGGUGCCCACGCCCUCUGUGCAGUCAGACAGCGACAUCACGGUCCUGCGCCACCUGGAGAAGCUGGGCUGCCGCCUGGUCAACCGCCCACAGAGCAUCUUAAACUGCGUCAACAAGUUCUGGACUUUCCAAGAGCUGGCUGGACACGGGGUUCCCAUGCCAGACACCUUCUCCUAUGGUGGCCAUGAAGACUUUUCAAAAAUGAUUGACGAAGCCGAGCCCCUGGGCUACCCGGUCGUGGUGAAGAGCACGCGAGGACACCGGGGAAAAGCUGUUUUUCUUGCAAGAGAUAAACAUCACCUCUCAGACAUCUGCCAUCUGAUACGCCAUGAUGUGCCCUACCUGUUCCAGAAAUAUGUGAAGGAGUCACAUGGCAAAGAUAUCCGGGUGGUGGUGGUAGGGGGCCGGGUGAUAGGCUCAAUGCUUCGCUGCUCCACAGAUGGACGGAUGCAGAGCAACUGCUCUCUCGGUGGUGUGGGCGUCAUGUGCCCGCUGACAGAACAAGGCAAGCAGUUGGCUAUUCAGGUAUCUAACAUCCUGGGCAUGGACUUCUGUGGCAUCGAUCUGCUCAUUAUGGACGACGGCUCCUUUGUGGUGUGCGAGGCAAACGCCAACGUCGGCUUCCUAGCCUUCGACCAGGCGUGCAAUUUAGACGUGGGUGGCAUCAUCGCGGACUACACCAUGUCCUUGCUGCCCAAUAGGCAGACUGGCAAGAUGGCUGUGCUCCCAGGACUGUCCAGUCCCAGGGAGAAGAAAGAGCCAGAUGGCUGCGCUUCAGCUCAGGGAGUCGCAGAGAGCGUCUACGCCAUCAACAAUGGGUCUACCUCUAGUGAGAGUGAGCCUGAACUGGGAGAGAUCCGGGAUUCCUCAGUGAGCACCACGGGGGCCUCGCCCCCCAUGCUGCCCGACCCCGGCUACAACAUUAACAACAGGAUUGCUUCAGAAUUAAAACUUAAGUGAAUUCCUGCUUUUUGGCAGCAUUUAAACCAAAUCCUACAGCUUCCCUAUAGUUUUGAGUGAAUAAAAUCUGGACUAACGUGAUUUCAUUUGCACAGGAACUAAGAAAUCCCAUCUGGGCACUCCGCAUUCUUUCUAACGGUGAUUUAAGCAAACGGCUUAGCUUUGUAGUUUUUACAAAGACUGAAAUAAAAACACUCACCACGAGCAACAUCCCGACUGAUCAACUUGAGACGGAUCGGUGUCUGCCGCAAGCACUUGGAUACCACGGCUGACUUUUAAGGCGCUGACUCUGUCGCUGCUUCUGGCUGCUAUCAGCAGAGCCCGUGGACUUGGAAGGGCUCCCGGAAGUACUGUCCUCGGAGGCCACCACCGGAUGGAGGCCGGUGCAGAAGAGAUGGAAUGUGCCCUUCGUUAAGUGUGUGUGUGUGUGAUGCUUGAAGAAUACACAGUUCAGUCUCUGCUCCCCGUCAAUCACCAUCUUGGCCAUAUUUCUCUGACACUCAGGAUAUGGUGUUUUAGGGAGCUUCCUCAUUAGCAUUUUCGACGAAGCACUUUGUAGAAAGUUUGAGAUUGAGCGUUACUUGACUUCACUGGUUGGCAGGUACCUGCUGUGUAACUGGGGCUUUCUACAAAUUGCUUUGCCACUCCGAAUUUAUAGACCCUGCUUCAACUAAUGCCAGCCCCAGCAGCCUCUUGCACCUUUGCUGCCUUUGGCCUCAGCUGGAAAUGCACUUCAACGAGCUAGUGGCCACACACUUUCUUUCUUCUGCGUGCACUAGAAUUGAAUGCCAUGAACUUUCUUGUCAAUGGACUCUGUUCAUUUGUCAUCCAGCAGCCGGUGGGUUUUUAUCAUAGAAAGCUUACUGGAAGAUAAUCAUUUCCCCCUUUCUCUCCUAAAACUUUGUGUACUGCUUAGCUGUAGGAGGUUCUCUUGUAUACAUUGGUGUUGUGGGCCUGUUGGGUAGAUAGAGCCAUUGGAAACACACUCUAAUCCCCUUGACAUUCUAGUCCUAGCCAGGUCCCAGAGACCGGUCCUUACCCACUUUUCCAAACUGGGGAGACUCAGGAAUUACUCAUUGCACAUUUUAGGGGAGGAGGGGGUUGGAUAGUGUGGACAGGACACCAAGUGCUUUUCACUUUAACUCUUGAAGCAGCAGAUGAUGAUCUUUCCCUUGGGAGAAAUCGCGGAGGUGGGUUUUCCAUUUCCACUUAAUGAAGUAUGAUGAGAGUGAGCAAGGCUCCCUUUUUAACCAAAUACACUAAAACAUAAGCACUCAA